AUGAGUGGUCCUCUCUUGUACACCAAGGUCAAUGAUCGAAUUUUAGUUCAGCGGAACCUUAUUGGAAGCGAAAAAUCAAUUGUUUUGUGCCUAGGACCCCAAGUCGAGGAUAUUGGGUUUGUGGACCCUGGGGAGUUUCCAGUUCGAGCUGAUAUUCGCAAGAUUGCCGCAGUGAUUGGAUAUGUGAGACUAAAAUUGAGAACCUAUUUUUUGAUAGCGAAACGUGUUGAAGAGGUGGGCAAGUUAAACGAGCACCGCAUCUUUAAAGUUGUGGAAUAUGAGAUUGUUCCAAUCGGCAAGUCUAAUGUCAAGGAUAACGAUGAGACUCAGUAUCUGGCGCUACUCAAUGCGCAACUGUCAGCUGCAACACUUUUCUUUUCUUACACUUACGAUUUAACCAAUUCUGCUCAGCGAAACGAAAAGAGGACCCACAACAGCUUAUCUUGGAAAGAUGCAGACAAGCGAUUUUUUUGGAACAAUUACGUCACGGUAACGCUUCAAAACUAUGCGAAACAGGACUCGCGAAUCGACCAUUUCAUUACCCCUAUGAUCUUCGGCUAUGCUAAAUUCGUCGAUACUCAAUUGAACGACACGCCACUCACCAUCGGACUAGUCACAAGGAGGAGCACCUUGAGAGCUGGGACAAGGUAUUUUAGGCGCGGCAUUGAUGCUGAUGGGAAUGUGGCCAACUUUAAUGAGACCGAACAGUUCACAAUGAUUCACGCCAAGGAUAAAGGCGGCAAUUCUGAUUUUUUCUCUUUCUUGCAAACGAGAGGCUCUAUUCCGUUGUACUGGGGUGAAAUUAAUAACUUGAAAUACAAGCCUACGCUCGUCUUGGGUGAAAACUCUUCUCUAGACGCUACAGCCAAACAUUUUGCUGAGCAGAAGCAUCUUUACGGCGAAAAUUACCUUGUGAAUCUGGUCAAUCAGAAGGGUCAUGAGCUUCCUGUUAAACUCGCAUAUGAGUCUGCUGUCAACGCUUUGAAUGACCCAAAAAUUCAUUACACCUAUUUCGACUUCCAUCACGAAUGCCGCAAAAUGAAAUAUGAAAGAGUCAAACUCCUUAUCGAGCACUUAAACCAGAUGGGAUUACAAAGCUCUGACGUUUUUCACAAAGUAGUCGAUUCGAACGGCGUUACGGAGCGUGUGGAGAGGGAACAAUCUUCCGUUGUAAGAACAAAUUGUAUGGAUUGUUUAGACAGAACUAAUGUUGUCCAGUGUGUUCUAGCACAAUGGGUUAUUCAAAACGAACUAGAAACUGCCUUCGUUGUCAGUCCCUCUUAUACGUGGGAGAGUGAUAAAGAAUUGUUAUUCAAGUUUCAAGGCUUGUGGGCUGAUAACGCGGACGCAGUUAGUCUCUCUUACUCUGGAACAGGCGCUUUGAAAACCGAUUUUACGAGGACCGGGAAGCGUACUAGUGGGGGUGCUUUCAAUGAUUUUUUGAACUCUGUCUCUAGAUAUUAUCAGAAUAACCUAACAGACGGUCCAAGACAAGAUUCUUUCGACUUGUUUCUGGGCAAUUUCAAGCCUUACGAAAACGGAAUACAAUCACCGUUUUCUGACAGAAGGCCAUUUACCAUCCAGGUGAUUCCAACAAUUAUUUACGCUGCAUUAACAGUUAUAGCAGCUACAGUUUUCUUUCCCAAGGGCCAUUUUACCAGCUUGAAGAAUCUUUCGUUUUUGAUCUUUUCUUCCGUGAUAUUGGGAUCUUCAGCGCGCUUCAUUUUGCAAAAUGGCGAACAAUAUGUAAAUUGGCCCAAAUUAAACGAACUAGCUUUCCUUGUGCCAGUUCAAACUUACGACAAGGAACAUCAGUUUAAGGGAAUCAAGUACGCGUGGAGCUCCAAGUUCUCGAAACCGGAUGCUUUCAAGAAGGAUUAA